AUGGUAGUUAGAGGGAAUCAUCAGGCCUUUCUUAUCACAAGAAGCUUCCAUACCUAUAGACCCUGUUUAAGGGUCACCAACAGAAAUAAACGACAGCGAAGCAAGUACAAUCAGCAAGAAACAGCACCAUUCGACUAUGCGACAUUGUCAAAAAAAGACCAAGUCGAAGACACAGCAAUAGCUAGACCAGUUGAAAAUGAGAAAGAGAUAGAAGCGAUAAAUGAAGAUUUUUUACACAGGACUAAGGGAUUGGAGCCUGAUAUUGAACUAAAACAGCUAUAUCAGAUUAAAGAAGAGUUCAAUAAACGUUAUAGAGAUAGGUAUGUUGCUCCUUCGGAAAGUUGGUAUUUAAACUCCUGGCGGUCAUUGACAAAACCAAAGAUUCCGUCCUACGGAUUAAUAAAUUCAGAUGUUCAUUUUGAUACGAAAUCGAAAAGCUCAAAACAAAUGGAAUUUCAACCAGCCCAACUGAUGGAAAACCCUUUGAAUGUUGGUGACCUAGUUCUUUUAAAAAUCAGACCAAACGAAUUGGCGAUGUGUGUAAGCCUUCCGAAUAGUACUAUGGAUCCGCGAUACACAUUUGCGUCUAUCGAUGGAUCGAUGUCUUUUGCGACUAAAAACCGUGUAUUGUUAAGGCUUCCUCAAAAAUUACCUACUGGAAUUAACUCGCUCGUCCAACCUGAAGGCCAUCAUAAAUAUUUGCCAAUCGGGACCGUAAAGAACUUUUCCAACCAAACAAAUAUUCUCCCGACUGCGGCGAGGCAAAUGAUAACAAGUAGGAGUCCGGCACAGAUUUCCAAACAAGCGUGGAAAGAUUUACCAAUCACUACGAAAAAAUUACAAUUACUUCACAGGUCAUUACAAAAUUAUAUGGGCCCAUGGCAAAUUCCAUUUUUCACUUUGGUUGGAUUAGUCCAAAAACUGGAUUUGAAUAAAGCGCUGGAUAAUAAAGAUGGAUUAACCUAUUUGGCUGAUCUAGUGAACAGUUAUAAAAGCGCCGAUAGUGUGCCCAUGAACUCGGCUACCUUUGUUUCCACAUAUUGGGCCAUUGUACAACAACAGGAAUCUAAUCUUUGGGGGAAAAUACACUUGAAUACUGCGCUGCUCUCCCCUACAUCAGUUACAAUCAUCCCUUUGAAAUCCCAACACUUAUACUAUGCACAGGUAAUAGAGAAGCUAGAAGCUGACAACUACAAGGACAUCGACCGAUUUGUAAAGUUGGUGAACGAAAGAAAAUAUAAAGAUAUCUCAUCUUUAUACCCUUCUGUCAUUCAGCUGCUGAAAGAUUUUGCCGCGGGAAACUUCCACAAUAAUGGAGUUAUAGUCACCUUAAUCUCCAAAAUAUUUAGAAAGAUAGAACUCUAUAAGAGUUUUGAUAUAACAAGAGAUAUAUGUCAAGAUCUGGUCAAUGAAAUUUUACCCAAUAAAAUGAUCAAUCCGUUGUUACUGAAUAUGGAUUUAGCUUUGCCUGCAUCUUCGAAAUUGGGGCAAUCACAGCAAAAGCUUUAUGAGUUGACAGACAUAGAAAACCUGCAAGCAAGUAACUCCAAUAUUAAUGGUGAUAGAUAUGAUUUUGGUGAUCUUAAGGUUUUUUGUAUAGAUUCGGAGACUGCGCAUGAGAUUGACGAUGGAAUCUCGAUAGAAAACCACAGAAAGGACGGAUUGUACACUUUACAUAUCCAUAUUGCAGAUCCUACUUCUUUGUUUCCAGAAAGCACUAAUCUUGAUUCUCAGGGUAUUACCACGGAUGUUCUAAAUGUUGCAUUAAAAAGGUCGUUCACCACAUAUUUGCCUGAUUUGGUUGUUCCCAUGCUACCCGAGUCUAUAUGUCGCUUAUCUGAUUUGGGAAAGCAAGGGCAAAGGACAAGAACAAUAUCGUUUUCUGUUGACGUUAAAAUUCUCCCUAAAAGCACUGGAGAACCCAUUGAAAUUAUGUAUGAUAGCCUUAAAAUUCGGAAAGGUAUUGUGUCGAAUUUCCCUAAAGCUACGUAUAAUGAUGUUGAUAGGAUUCUUAGUAUACCUGACAGCGAAGCACCACCCUUCAAAGAAGAUUUGGAAAGCUUGUUUAUGAUUUCCAAAUUACUGAGGGAGCGACGUAUAAAGAAAAACAAUGCUGUUAUCUUUGGUGAGGGGUUUAACAGGGGUCUGGUAACGCUGACUUCUAAUGAUGAAGGCGAACUGACUGAGGUAUCAUUUUCGGACCAAGCGGAAACAUCAUCUAACGUCCUAGUGUCGGAAAUGAUGAUCUUGGCCAAUACGUUAGCGGGUAGAUUUUUUACAGAAAACAAAAUUAGCGGUGUAUUUAGAUGUUACAAACAGCUACCACUGGAUGCGAUAGCACAGCAGCAAUAUAAUUCCAUGAUAACAAGUACGAAGAAAGGAAUUUUUCCCAAGCUAGAAGAUAUCACUAAGCUUUCAUCACUUUUGAACUCAAGUUUUUAUACCGGACAGCCUUUCAGACAUGAAAUGAUUGGAGCUAAACAAUAUUUGACCGUAACAUCCCCACUUCGUCGAUUUCCGGAUCUGAUAAACCAUCUGCAGAUCCAUCGUCAUUUGCAGAAAAAGCCGCUAUGUUUCAGCCAAGCUCAAAUUAACCGUCUAAUCUGGCCAAUUCAAUCUCGAGCAGACAUUCUGAAAACGGCAAGUCGUAACUCAUCAACAUAUUGGACACUGAAUUAUUUGAAGAGGAUGAUGAAAUCGGACCCGGAAAAAACGUACGAUGUAAUGAUAACAUCAGUACCGCAGAACGGUUUUGCUGGAUGUGUUUUUCCUGACCUAUCGUUUGCUAGGGGGACAUUGAAAUUGCAUCCAAGCACUAAGCAUUAUCCCAUGAUAGGGGAUACUGUAAAAAAUUGUAAAAUUUUGAAAAUCGAUUGCCUAGAAGGAAUGUUGGAACUUGAAAAACUGUAA